CACACGAAAAAGGUUCUCAACGCCAGUUGCCGGUCACAAGCGACUCAGGUCGGAAGUCUCCCCUCCUCGAAAAAUUCCCCUUAAAUUAAAAUCCUGUUUCGCGAUUAAAAUAAAUAAAACAUAUUACAGUUAAACAUAAUAGAAAUAUAUGAAAUCAUGCAACUUUUCGACGACUUUUGCAAAUGCUUCAACAAGGAACUGCAGCGGGCAAACUUUGGCUUCUCAUACAAUCGCGUUCAUCUGUUCUACAGAUCGCAGUGGCAAAAGGAUGACACCAAUACAAUAUAUUUGCUGUAUCGAUGGAUCUGGGCCCUGUUCUUCCUGGGAGUCUAUAUAAUGUGCAUGAUUAUUCAGUUCUGCGAUGGCAAAUUCUUCAUCUAUAUGACCAACUGGGGAUAUGGCCUCGGAACAAUCACUAUGCUAAUCUCUGCGGUACAUGUCACCUGCUGGCAUUUCGAUCUGAGGAACACAAGGAGUUUGGUCCAGGAAUCUGGUAAAAAGGCGGAGACUUCGAGGGGACUUAAGAUAUACUGGUGGCUAUACAAUAUGACCCUAUCAUUGGCAUUGAUUAUAUCAACGGUCUAUUGGGUGUUUCUCCAUGGCAGAAUGAACAAACCCACUCGCUUUCCGGCUAUUAGCAAUACCCAUGGCCUAAAUACUGUAAUGAUCCUAAUUGACUUCCUGGUUGUGGCAUUUCCUUUGAGACUCCUUCACAUGGUGUACAGCAUGAGUGCGGCAAUCUUUUUCUUUGUGUUCACCCUCAUCUAUCACUUUUGCGGAGGCACAGAUGAAUUUGGCAAUCCCUACGUAUAUCCCAUUCUGGAUUGGAAUCAGCCCAAGCGUUGUCUGGUGACCUUUGUGGGCAUCUUUGUGCUCAUCCUGUGCUAUUGGAUACUGCUCUUUGGACUGCAUAAAUUAAAGAGAAUGUUCAACAGGGCCUUCAGUGUGGUCUGGUCCCCGCAUUCAGUUGGUUUGAUAUAAGGAACAUCGCCUCAUUAGCACCCUCACUUCUAUAGGAUUCUCUAAGUAUCACCAGCAUUGCAUUUUAUUCCAACAUUAACACACACACACUCGCAUGCAUUUAUUUAUGUCUAGUAUUUCUAUAGUAAGUUUUAAUCUUCUUGGUUCCUUAACGUUGAAUUGGUUUAGUUAGGUUAAUAAAUAAUGAUUUUGUUACUAUGUUACAUUUAUGGAUGGGAUAGUAUAAAUAUGAAAAUUGUUGAAAUACUCUAUUGAUGCCAUCACAUUAUACGGGAUGCAUUCAGAGAACUAUGGAAUUGUAUAAACACAUAACAAGACAAUAUAUGUAUAUAACGAAAAUCGAAAUAAAAGAAGUGUACAUAAGAA